GCUUCACUUGCCUGCCUUUUGGGUUUUUUCUAACCAAAGAGGAAGUAGUAGAAGGCAGUCCUUGAAUCUCUCCAAGCAGAGAUACGGGUUACUAAUUACUGCGUUGAAGAUCUCAAGAAGGGACUAGGAUUGAGAUAUGGCUGUUCCAGCUACAUGUCCCACUUUCCCUUUCGGAUCAAUAGCCGGACGCCAGUGAGAAUAGUGGAUUCGUGACUCACGCAGUAGUUAGACUACGUACUAUGCUUACCCACUUGGUAGUUACUAUUUCAUGCCUUUGAACGAUUGCCAUGUGAAAUCACAGUUUCUUCGCAAUUUCUUUUGCUCAUCCAUCAGCACAGCAAUAGUCCAUGAUGGACCAGCUACUUAAAGCUGCGGAGGACACUUCUCGAUUUGACGACUUCCUCGUCCUUACAACCACGUACAAGACCUUGCAUGACCAUCGUAUCACCACCGACGUCCUCAUCCCCAAGUCCCUGACUGAUACAAAAUUCCGGCCAGUCUUGGAAACAAAGCCUCGUCCCAUCCUUUUACGCUAUCAUGGGGGAGGGCUAGUCUUUGGCCAUAGCCUCUUCCCGCCCUUUUUCAGUCCAUGGUAUCUUCAGCUCGCGCAGGAGUACUCGGCGGUUAUCGUCUCUCCGAAUUAUCGGCUGCUCCCUGAAUCUUCCGUGAUGGAGAUACUGCAGGACAUAGAGCAUCAUUGGCAAUGGAUGCACAAGGAGCUUGCCGGAUUUCUGGACCAACACACUUCAGGUGCGGUCCAGGCUGAUUUGACUCGAAUCAUGACCCUCGGGGACAGUGCCGGGGGGUAUCUGAGUUUACAAAUGGGUCUUAGUCACCCAGAUGAGAUUAGGGCUGUCAACGCAGUAUAUCCUCUUGUCAACCCCAAGGCCUGGCGUUUCAAUGACACAGACGGGAAGCCUCAUUCGGUAUUUGGCGGACUUCCCGUUCUCCCAGAAGGCACCUUGGCCAGGCACAUGGAGUCUAUUCGAGCGCAGAGAGAGGCAUCUCCUGGCAGGCUAUUUAUCCAAACAGAAGCCUCUGAUCUAACGCGGUUAGAACUGAUGUUUGCUUUGACACAACACGGACAAUUAGGACACCUUUUCUCGAGAGAAUCUAUCGAUCCGUACCCCCUGGAUCGUAUAGAUAGUGGAGCCCGGUUUCCCAAGGGCGGCGUGUUGAUUCUCCACGGCCGAGAUGAUUCAGUUGCCCCUCUGGACCAAAGUCUUGAACUACAGAAGAAACUGGAAACAGCAGCCCCUGACACAAACUUUGCCCUGGUGAUUCGUGAUGGCGAACACGGCUUUGAUCAUACAGCCAAAUUAUAUGAUUCAUGGCUUUGGGAAGCAGUGCAGGGUAUCACCAGGACCUGGCUCCAGUAAACGGUCUCAUAUGUUUGUUAUAUUGUGAAAGAUAUUACUUCACUAGGCUUGCUUCUACUUAUCCCUCUUUCCUCCAAAAUACGCCCUCCAGUGAUUUGGCGGCUGGCGGACGCCGUUUGGACCGUACCUAGGCUUCUUCCAUGUGUACAGUCUCUGAACCCACAGUCUCAGGAGGAUAUAGAGCACUUAAACUGAUUGUACCGGUAGAAUACUUGGAGAAUGCGAUAGAGUAGCCCCUAUAGCACUCAUUUCUUGAUCCUUGUAGAGUUAUAUCCC